GAGGAUGAUUACUGUGAUGGCCUCGCGGGCGGGUCACAUGAAGAGUGUUGUAGCAACACGAGUUUCCAAGGGGAGGAGAUGCGGAGACCCUCAGUGGAGACACGAUGACACAUUCACAUCAUGAUGCACAGCUCAUAUGGUAUCUCAGUGCAGCAGUAGAGUGUGCCGGUUAGUGUACAGCACUGAGUAGAUCAAUGGCUGCUGAUGCGGAGGAGGCAGACUGUGAUCUGACAGCACAAGACUCUUCCCCGGUCAAUGAGCUCUCCUUCAGCCUGCAGAACCUCCAGUGUCAGGAUGGUCUGAGUCCGAAGAGCUCGCCCCCCUGGAGAAAGCUUGUUUUGACGCCUGAAUGCAUCAGCCCGCCGCUCAACACCCUCUCCAGGGAGAGAGAGACGCUGACAGUCUCUGCAGUGAGAAGAAGACGAGCAAGAAGCCUGUCUCCUGACUCCUCUUCAAACACGCCCAGGUCUCUGUGGAGGAACUGUCGCGAUUCUCCUACCAAUAAGGAGAAUGAGCGAGCCAUUAAGCGACUGCGCGUGCGUCUCUCCAGUAGAUUCUCCAGUGCAGAUGAGGCAGAACCAGCGGGCCGAACAUGGAGACAGUACCGCAGUGACCCAGAAGAGGACGCCAGUCACCCACCAGAGACGGCUGCGGUCGACCUAACGGCGGCUGCGAGGCUCGGACAGCUGACGUCACGGCGGAAAGCCCCGCCCACACGCGUCACUCAGGACGCCGUCAGUGACGUCACACUCAUAGGAGACUUCAGUAAGCAACACCUGCUUCCUGUUGAGAGUGGCGGCCAUCAGGAGCUUCACUGUGUCAGCGCUCACACCGUGGCGUCGCUGAUCAGAGGUCAGUUUGGUCCUGCAGUCCAGGAUUUCCUCAUCGUUGACUGUCGUUACCCAUACGAGUACCAAGGAGGACACAUUAGGGGAGCAGUGAAUCUGUACGCCGAGUCUCAGAUCCAGCAGGCGGUGCAUCAGGCCUCUGCAGGAGCUGAACUUUCCCCCUGCCCCGCAGGAAACGCCUCCUCCUGGAGGAUGAGGGGACAGCGGGCGGCUCAUUCAUCUGACUCACUCCCAGAGGAGAAGGGCUCGUCGCCACGGAAACUGAUCAUCUUCCACUGCGAGUUCUCAUCGGAAAGAGGCCCUCAACUGUGUCAGUAUCUGAGGCGGCUGGACAGACGAGUGAAUGUGUAUCCCAACCUGCACUAUCCUGAGCUCUACCUGCUGCUGGGGGGUUACAAAUUCUUCCAUGCGUGUUACCCGGAUCUGUGUGAUCCCUGCGGUUACGUGGCCAUGCGUCACCGCGAGUACCGGGAGCAGCUGCACGGAUACCGCAGGAGAAGACCAACACGGCAGCGAAGACGACGGCCAAUCAAAAUACAUCAAAGAACCACACGUUAA